UAUCACCAAAACACAGCCAACCAUGUGCCAUUCCUAUCCUACUGGUCGUUUAUUUCGGCGAAACGCAAAGGUAUCGGUGGCAUUGCAGCUCGAAAGAUUGCCAUAGAAGGUUUUCCAAAGAGAGCAGAGUGAGUCGAGUCUACAAAGUCGAAUCAAUCAAGAUGAAGAUUACCCUGCUGAAACUGAUCUUGGCAUCGACGGCCUCACUGGCAUCAGCUCGGGUCGGAGAUCCAGAUAAUCAGGACCAAGGACUAAGACAGGUACAGGGCUGUGGAGGGAAUAGAGAUAGAUGUACCUUCUUGACCAACGCAUGCUGCAGUGGGUUUUCCUGUCAUAUUGACGGCGAGUGCCACCGAUACCCUCGGCAAGACGGGGAUCCUUGCCUUCCGUGGAUGGCACAAUGCGCCAGUGGUCUCACUUGCGAUGUAACAGACAUGGAGUGCCGCGCAAUGGGAACUGCUCAGGGUGAUCGUUGCAACUUUUCAAGGCCUUGUGCUGCCGGCACUAGCCUGAGCUGCGACUUUCGAGAAAACAAAUGCAUGCUGCCUGGAGCCCUCAACCAGUACUGUCAUUCUUCGCGCCCUUGUGGAGUGGGACUGGAAUGCCAAGUCUCUACCCAGAGUUGUCGUUAUCCGAGUCUAGAGAAUCAGUCAUGUUCGCUUACCGAGAGUUGUGUCGCUGGGUUGAAUUGUGACUUGACAAGCAUGAUCUGCCGAGGACCAUCAGGCCUGGGUGGAACUUGCCAUCUCUCUCGGACCUGCAUCAAUGGUCUGCAUUGUGACCUGGACUCUCAAACCUGCAAGAAUGCCGUUGGCGUCGGAGGAACCUGCGAUACCUACGUUCCAUGCGCCGAUGGACUCUGGUGUGAUGGAGCAACCGACACUUGUGAGGUGAAACCAUCCCCAUGUGAGCUUGAGGGGGAAGGUUGUGACGACAAACAAGCCCAGAAUACUGUGGGUGUUAAGCCAGCCGGAGGUAACGGUGGCGAAGGAGUAGUUUGCAACAUGGCUACGGGGGGUUGUACAGGGGCUCCCUCUUUGGUUCCUUCCCAGCUGCCUACACAAGCUCCAACACUCUCACUGGUACCCUCCGGAGCUCCGUCACUGGAACCCUCUGACGCUCCUGUUACUCCUGCUCCAACCUAUGAAAGCAUGCAAAAGUGUGACUUGUCCAACCCGGAUUGCGCUGAUAUGGACAAACUUCCUGUCGAUGCUCCUGGUGUACCAGAAGUGCCGGAUGGUCGGUACGGGGACGAAGGAAUAGUUCCUGUGGACGAUGAGGAUGAUUUGGACACACCAUAUGCGGGUGGCCAGGGCGAGCCACUUGUCCGAAAGGGAAGAAAAGGUCCAAAGGGUGUGAGUUCGGGCCCAGGUGAGGGUCAGGGUCCUCCACUAGCGCGCGGCAAGAAAGGAUCAAGGGGUGCUACCGGUGGUCCGCAAUACGCAACAGAGCCUUAGAGAAAGCCCUGGGCGAGGAAGGCGCAAACUGCUAUGAGACAAGGAGGCACUUGGAGUCUUGGGAACCUUGCUGGUGCAGAACAAGACGCGACUCCAUGUACAACGAGUAUUCACACGCUGAGCACAACAUAAUCCACAAACGCAAGAAUAGAGUGGAAGGUGAAAACAACCCGUCUUGGCAGAUCGAGGGAGUUGUGGCCUGGUUUUCAGCCGUGACAAUCGUGUUAUGCGGAGCAUUUGUAGAUAAGCGCUGAUAGCGGAUAAUUCAUUCGCACCAUUCAUGUACGGCAUGAGAACUAGAACAGUAAACUGCUAACUCUAGACUUGUCCCGAGUAUACGGUGCUGUUGCUAGCUGUUGGGAGACAUGGAACUAAUGGGUGUCUUGCCACUUCUUUCGGCAAAGGUGGUUCAGUGGCAAACCUUCACAGUGUGGAGCAGCAGAGCUAACAUAGUUUGUAUUGGACCAGAUGGAGAAGUCUGCAGUUUGACAUCCAACCAACUAGCUAGAUAGCCACAUGUGUCGCAGAUCAUUGGUACCUUGGUUCUGCUUAGGAGGAUGGGACUCCAUGACGCAAUACACGUGCCAGCUCUGCAAAAGGUGGUUCAGUAUGUAUGACUCCCUUUUCUUGGUAGUUCUGGAACGGUCCCGGCUGGUUGUUGACAGAGUUUGCUUGUCCUUCAUCAACAGUCGGCUGAUGACAAAAAGCAUUCGGGAAGGAUGAAGAAGAAACAACGGAGUUGUGCUUCGUUCGUGUCCUUGCAUUGCGUUAGCAAGAUAGUACAGUACUUUUUGUAUGUCCUCGUCGUUUGUAACGUAGCCUAGAGUGAUCAACUAAGACUGGACAGAAUGGGGAAAUGAAUCCACACGGCCGAGAGACAUCAGUAGAGAGCCUUGUUGAGGCUCUACUUAAUCCCUGGCGUAGGUAGAGGCUUCCCAAGAGGUUACUCCGCGUUC